CUUUUGACGAAUCCAGCGAGAUGGUGUCGACGACGAGCAUGACCUUGGCCGCCUUGGCUACCUUGGCUGUGUUGGCUGCGGCUGCCCCGGCCUCGCCGCAGCCCCCCGUGUUUGCCACCAACUGGCAAGCCAACGAGGACAACGUGAUCAUUGAAGGCAUUCAGCGUGCCCACCUCGAUCACUACUUUGAUGGCUCCAACAACCGCACCGCCCUGACCAACGCCACUGGUACCAUGUACGACGUGGUCGUCACCCUUUACAACGACGACCUCGAGGAUGCCCGCGAGUACUACAUCCGCACUUAUGGAGGCGCCCGCCACUGCCAGUUUUGGUGCGCCCCCUCGACCCCUGUCGUGUGCGACAACUUUGAUAGCCUCUGCUCGUACGACUACAAGCGCAAGGCCACCUACGUCGGUGACGACACCAUCAACGGCAUCGAGACCCACCGCUUCUUCUGGACCGAGAACCUGGGCCCCAUUCCCAUGAACAGCCUUUUGCUGUACGUCGACGCCAACGCCGCCGAGCCCACCCCCGUCCGCAUGUACCGCGACCUCCAUCCCUUUGGCAAGCCCCUCGGCAACAGCACCAUCGACUUUACCAACUUCAAGUCGGUCGAGAGCUUUGACGAGAGCAUCUUUGACCUUGGCCCCGAUGCCAAGUACGAUUGCGCCUCCCCCGAGCCCGGAGCCCAGUGCCAGAGCGAGUCUCAAACUCUCUCAAACUCCCUCAAACUCUCUCAAACUUUCUCACUCAAACUCCCUCAAUUUCUCUCUCUCUCUUCUCUCUCUCUCUCUCUCUCUCUCUCAAAAUCUCUCUCUCUCUCAAAAUCUCUCUCUCUCUCUCAAAAUCUCUCUCUCUCUCUUUCUCUCUCUCUCUUCUCUCUCUCUCUCUCUCUCUCUUCUCUCUCUCUCUCUCUCUCUCCCUCUCUCUCUCUCUCUCUCUCUCUCUCUCUCUCCCUCUCUCUCUCUCUCUCUCUCUCACUCACUCACUCUCUCUCUCUUCAUCUCUUUCUCUCUCUCUCUCUUUUUUCUUUUUUGGCUCUUUGA